CUGGCCACUGGCUGGUGGCCACUGUUCCUAGUGGUGGAAGAAGAAGAAGAAGAACUGGUCGUUCUGCGUUCACGGCAUCCUUCUGCAAUUCAUCAGCUGAGACAACUGCAUUUCGUACGUGGCGCAAGAAAUACACAACGAAGAUGAGCUCCAAUGCUGAAAGUGCAGAGCAACUAGAAACGGGGCCCAGCGGCGAAGAGGAGGGAUAUAACUGGCAGGCCCAACGCGAAUAUAUCAUGGAAGUAAUGCUGCCCAUCUGCUCGUGCGGCAUGGCCACUGGGAUUGCCCUGGGAGCCGUACUUACGAGCUUGGUCCUGCAAUUUUUGAUCUCACCAAAGACCAUCAGGGACAUCAUUGGGCUCAAGCCAACCACAACCACCCCACGGACCUACUUCGCGUACCCUCCUCCCGCAAACGUAUGCUUCACCAGGAGUUGCCGCACGAUGUCUUAUGUGCUGCAGAGCUUGCUGAGCCACUACGUAGAACCGUGUGACGAUUUCUAUGGGUACGUAUGCGGUCGAUAUGAAGGCCCGGGAAGAGGAAUGAACGAGACUUUGCAAAUGGAUGUGGAGAAGAGUGCUCGGAAAUGGGCAGAAGCUAUGGUGAUACCUAAGACGGGACAAACGCCAGAGCAGAAAUCUGUAGCUCUACUGCGAGCUUGCAAAGCUACGCGCACCAACAACGUCAACGACCCAACGGACCUGCUAAGUUUUAUUGCGCAUCAAAGCGUGUCCCUAAGUGGUGCAGAUACUUCCGAUCCCUUCGGCCGCAUCUUCGGGUUAUCCUUGCACUACAGCCUGCACUUCCUUUUUGUGGCUGCAGUACCAAAUUCGGGAGAUCUAACACCUUCAGGCGAACGGGUGCUGCGUUUGAAUUACAACAAGAAGUACAAGUCUUGGAUAUUCCGCACACCCAGUGUAGAUGUCAACUACUACACCAAACGGCUGACUGCGUUUGGUGUAGAUACUUCACUGGAGCCUGGUAUAACUGGAAGUGAAAGUGUCGUUCGCCAGGUUAUGCAGACACUGACAAGACCCACGACUCAGAAAAGAAAGUUUACCAUCGCAAGCUUAGAUUCUACAGCAAUCCCAAAGGCGACCUGGCAUGCAGCUUUCAUGAAGUAUGCAUCGCCACACUAUACAGAGAACGACGAAGUCAUAACAUCAAGAAAGGUGCUAGACCUUGUAGAAGGGGUUUUCGGGGGUGUAUCAAAGCAGCGCAUCAAUCUAUUGGUCCUGUGGGAACUUAUUCGCCAAUUUGGUCCAUACGUCAACAACGAGCUUAGUGUCGACGACGACGAUUCAGCUUACUACGCCGGCUGUGAUAAAAUGUUGGAGCAAGUUGCCCCCAUGAGUUUCUACUACUCUCACAGCGUUGUCACGCCUGCCGCCCUUCGAUCGGUGGGAUCCCUAGCAUCUAUCAUUCAAAACGGCCUUCUAGCGUGGAUUUCCACAUCGACACUUGUAGACAAGCAAGUUUCCUUAGACAACGUGGCGAAAGUGAACUUCGUGCUUGGCUUCCCAGAAGGCUUCCAAACCAAAGAGGACUUGGAAAUGCAUUGGUCGGUCGUGCCUAAUGUUGGUGAACGUUUUCUUGGAAUAUGGCUUCGUAAGCGCAAAUCUGUGGUGACGUGGAAACUGAGCAAUCCCAGAGCUUUCCUCUUUUGGCAGAGUAGGAAGCAGCUUCCGCUCCCACCUAAGUCCCACGUUAUCGGCGUGCCAGCGAUGCUGCUUCAUAAUGUUUUGUUCCGUGAGGACUUAUUGGCUGCAGUAAACUACGCUGGCCUGGGGCACCUUAUAGCCACUGCUCUGGUUGAGCGUUUCGUGACUUUCAAAGCCAGCAAGACGCUCUGUAAACAGACAAGUUGGUUGCUGGGACUGCACAUCGCCCACAAGGCCUACCUGCAAAAUUCGGUGGAGCAGGCAAUCCGCUUGCCGGUGUUGGGCCUGUCAUCCCGGAAGCUGUUCUUCGUGUCAGCUUGUCUGAAGACGUGUGCCUUGCGCGGCCUAGACGGCACGGAGGAGAACGCAGACUGUCAUGACCUGGUCAAGAAUAUGCAACCUUUUGCCGAAACUUUUGAGUGUGCGGCUGAUAGUAACAUGAACCCCAGCCAAAAAUGCAGCCUGUCAUGACUCAGAUAAUAAGCUGCGUGUGCGUAUUACUCUGCAUCUAAUUUUCCAUGUUACAAGUUUUUCGUAGGUAGACAUCCUUGCAUCUUUCAGCAUACUGAAACAUAAUUGCUUGCGUCCAUAAAAAUAUUUCACUUCAGAAGAUACAGAUGUAAUUAUUGUGAUUAUUUUUGUUCUUAUCGUCCUGUGCAGUUGUUGUACGAAGAGCUGGUAUAGUCUUAGAGCAUCGGGGCAUCCGAAGUCUUGUGUGCACAGUCAGGAUGACUUUCGCUCUUCGAGGGACGCAGGCAGAUGUUAUGUGCAGUGUGAGUGAAUACGCAUUGUUGCUUAAAGGUGUUGCGACACUUUUUCUCAUAUAUAUGC